GGAUCACUUGUAAAUUGUUAUUUACAGUUUCUGAUCCUUUAAAAGAAGAGCUUCGCGGGAAUCAGUCUUCAUUCCAGAUGUGCAGCACCAUGAGGGCCCUGGUGCCUCUGUUGUCCCUGUUCCUGCUGGGUGGCCAGGCCCAGCAUGGGUCUGACUGGACCUACUCAGAAGGAGCACUGGACGAAGCGCACUGGCCACAGCACUACCCCGCCUGUGGGGGCCAGAGACAGUCGCCCAUCAACCUGCAGAGAACGAAGGUGCGGUACAACCCCGCCUUGGAGGGCCUCAAGCUGACCGGCUAUGAGACCCAGAAGGGCAAGUUCCCCAUGGUCAACAACGGCCACACAGUGCAGAUCAGCCUGCCCUCCACCAUGCGCAUGACAGCAGCCGACGGCACUGUGUACAUAGCCCAGCAGAUGCACUUUCACUGGGGAGGAGCGUCCUCGAAGAUCAGGGGCUCUGAGCACACCGUGGACGGGAUCAGACAUGUGAUCGAGAUUCACGUUGUUCACUACAAUUCUAAAUACAAGAGCUAUGAGAUAGCCCAAGAUGAGCCUGAUGGUUUGGCUGUACUGGCAGCCUUCGUUGAGGUGAAGGAUUACCCUGAAAACACUUACUACAGCAGCUUCAUUUCUCAUCUGGCCAACAUCAAGUACCCAGGACAAACAACAACCCUGACUGGCCUUGACAUUCGGGACAUGCUGCCCAAGAACCUCCAGCACUACUACAGCUACCACGGCUCACUCACCACGCCUCCCUGUACCGAGAACGUCCACUGGUUUGUGCUGGCGGAUUUUGUCAAGCUCUCCAGGACACAGGUUUGGAAGCUGGAGAAUUCCUUACUGGAUCACCACAACAAGACCAUCCAAAACGAUUACCGCAGGACCCAGCCUCUGAACCACAGAGUAGUGGAAUCCAACUUCCCGAAUCAGGGCAAGGGCCACCAGGCAUCACGGGAGAAAACAAAAUCCAAGAGUAAAGCUCACAUCAACACGCCACCCCUUGGCUCCCGGCAGCCUAGAAGCCUGAGUUCAAACACAGUGAAGACGCAUAAAGACAAUGUACUGGGCACAUGGAGAGCAUUCUAAGGAAUCAAAAGACUUCCCAAAAAUACGAUAAUAUACUCUAGGCUCCGAAUUCCAGUUUUACCUACAUAAGAUUGAGGAAAUUCUUGAGUACUUAAGAAGAGCAUUGAACUGAGGAAAGCUAAGAGGAAUAUUCAAUAUUAACUAGCUUGAAGUCUGACCUAACCAGAAGAGGCGCCUGUCCCCUGCAGCCACACCCUGCCCUGUCUAAGAAACCAUGUGUGUCUGAAACAGGCUGCUCCCCCUGGGGCAGCUGUUGAGCUUCUGAUUAAAAGAGGGGAAACUGUCAUCCUGGACAGGAAGUGAGAUGCUAUCAUCCUGGACAGGAAGUGAGAUGGCUUCAGUUCACGAGAAGGGAUCUGAGUUAGACAUCACCAGUGGAAAUUGAUUGGAAUAGAAAGUUAAAGGAAAUAGAACCCUAACUAUUCUCCCAUCAAAUCAUAUAUGUUGACCUGUCUAAAUUAUAAACCAGCCUGACCUUUCCUUUAGCAUUAGACGUAAUAAAAUAAUUUUGGGAAUUUGUCAUUAAAAAAUUUCUAU